AUGGCAGGGCCUGAAUCAAGCAGGCUGCCCGGCGAGGCAGAGAAGAGUCCGAGUGUCCUUACCGACAACAAGGGUCAAGCUCUUAUUCCCACCAUCGUACCGCCCGAGACGCAGUUUCCCACCCACGGCAUCGACCAAGGCCAAUCACAUUCGGUGUACCAAACACCCGCCACCGCUCCGCUCCAAAGCAGCGAACAGGAAGAAGGAUACUUUGUAGGACAGCUGCAGCAGAGCAAUGGCCUCGACCGUGACAUCGAGAGGGUUGACCACGCAGAGACUCCGGUCCAAGUCUCCAAACCAACCAACACACAAUCACUACCAACUGGUGACCGUCCCAGCCUUGAGAGAUCAUGGCAGACAGAGAGGCCAAAGGCCAUGCCUCGCUCUGCCACCAUCAUGAAUGCUCUACAGCGCAGCACCUCGCACUCUCACACCCAUCACUCCGCCCAAACCGACGAGUCCGAUGCCUCGUCGUCUUCCUCGGGGAGCGAACCAGCGGCAAACCAGCAAGGAGCCAAACAAAAACGACGAAAGAUGCAAAGAGAACAAUCCUACACCAAGCUCAACGUUGGCGACGGCCAGAACCAAGGGAACGGCAAAGCCUCCAAGCGUGACGGCAGACUGAACAUCUCUCUCAGCGAGACUGCUGGCAAUGGGUACAUAGCGAAGACGUUUGGGCAAACAGUUCAAAACCACCUUGGAGUACCACACAAACAUGCCUCAAGAGGUGACCACGACUCCGACUCCGACUCGAGCGAUGAAGACCACCACAUCAAAACCGACAACGAGUCUGAAGAUGACUUCUCCGACGACGCCGCUUCCAUCGCAUCUUCAUUCCACGAGACUAUCAAAAGGCCGCGUCUGAAUAUUGUCAUCAUGGUCAUUGGUAGUCGAGGUGACAUUCAGCCAUUCCUUCAGAUUGCCCGCAUUCUGAAACGCUACGGACAUCGAGUACGAGUUGCAACGCAUCCAGCUUUCAAAGACUUCAUUGAGAAAGAUGUUGGUCUGGAGUUCUUCAGCAUUGGAGGUGAUCCUUCGGAACUCAUGGCGUUUAUGGUCAAGAACCCGGGCCUCAUCCCCAGCCUUGAGACUGUCAGGCAAGGUGAAAUCGCUCGCCGCAGAAAAGGUAUGGCCGAGAUUUUUGAGGGACUUUGGCGAGCCUGUGUCAACGCUACAGACGACGAGCAAGACAGGGCCAACAUGAAAAUGUUGGGAACCAAGGCACCCUUUGUUGCAGAUGCCAUCAUCGCGAACCCUCCUUCUUUCGCACACGUUCAUAUCGCAGAACGUCUUGGUAUUCCUCUGCAUAUCAUGUUUACCUUCCCCUACUCACCAACGCAAUCUUUUCCUCACCCGCUAGCCAACAUCAGUCCACAGAAAAGCAACACCAGCGUUGAAUACGUCAAUUGCCUUGGUGACCUCGUCAACAGGUUCCGUGUCAAGACUCUUGGCCUGGAGCCAGUAAGCAGUCUGUGGGCGCCCGGUGCACUUUACCGGAUGAAAGUGCCGUACACAUAUCUCUGGAGUCCAGGGCUUGUGCCCAAGCCAAAGGAUUGGGGCCCGGAAAUCGAUAUCGCUGGCUAUGUCUUCCUCGACCUUGCGAGCGACUAUGAUCCUCCGAAAGACCUGACGGAUUUCCUGGACGCGGGAGAGCCCCCUAUCUAUAUCGGGUUUGGAAGUAUCGUCGUUGAUGACCCAGAUAAGUUUACCCAGAUGAUUUUUGAUGCUGUCAAGAUUGCUGGUGUCAGAGCGCUGGUUUCUAAAGGCUGGGGUGGCCUUGGAGGUGACAAUACUCCUGACAACAUCUUCAUGCUAGAGAACACGCCUCACGACUGGUUGUUCCCACGCGUCAAAGCUGUUGUUCACCAUGGUGGUGCUGAUCAACCUUUCUGGGGAGCCAUGGUGUCAAAAGCUAAGGCUGGUGCUCACGAAGCAAUUCCUUACAAGAAGCUGGAUGCAGAGAAACUUGCAGAAGGAAUCAAACAAUGCCUCACGGAUGAUGCGCGCAAGAAUGCAGAGGAAAUCGCCGAAAGCAUUGCCGCAGAAGGUGACGGUGCAGAGAAUGCAGUCAAGAGCUUCCACCGCAGUUUGCCCUUUGCAGGAAAGCGUAGCAUGAGAUGCUCCAUACUGGAAGACAGAGUGGCCGUUUGGAAGAUGAAAUCUUCAAACCUUAGGUUAAGUGCACUAGCAGCGGAUAUUCUGGUCGAACAGAAGAAACUGUCUUGGAAGGAGCUUCGUUUACUACGGCACUACGAAUGGAACGACUUUGAUGGUCCUGGAGAGCCGAUUUCGGGAGCAGGCGGUGCGCUAAUAAAGACGGGUGCUGGAAUUGCAAGAGGAGUCGGCAUGGUACCUACAAGCGUUGCAAAGAAUAUCAAGAAGCGAGAGGAACAGCAAGAGCCACUUGCCCAGGAGCUGGCUGAAGAGUUUGGAGAUGCAUUCCUGGAAUCUGGAGGUGCGCUCGCAAGCAUGCCAUUGGAUCUGGGAUUAGCCAUCGGCCAGGGGUUCCACAACGCACCGAGACUAUACGGAGACGCCUCCGUGCGCAAGCCUAUUCGCAUCACCGGAAUGCAUUCAGGCUCACGAGCUGCAGGACAAGAGCUGUUCUACGGUAUAUACGACGCCUGGACAGGCUUGGUGACACAACCGAUGCACGGAUGGCAAGACGGCAAGACCAAGACCAACAAAUUCACUGGUUUGGGCAUCGGCUGUGCCCGAGGUAUCGGUGGCUUCGUUCUCAAGGACAUUUCUGCCAUCAUCACUCCUCCAUUCUUCCUCGCGCAAGGUGUGCGGAAGGAAAUCACCAAACGCAUGGGCGGUCCUGGAACCACGUCUUUUAUCCGCAGAGCUCAUAUCAUCCAAGGACAAAAGGACAUGCAGGCUCUACGCGAGUUUGACAAUAAGACCAAGAACAACAACAUGUCGGAAACCGAGAUGAUGGUGAGUGAAGGCUGGAAGGUUAUGAAGGAGGCCUGGGACGUCAAAAAGAAACAUGAACGUCACCAUGGAGGUAGAAUUCGUGGUAGACUAAGUGUGUCAAGAGAGGAGAAGAAAUGGGAGGAUAAUGGAGCUCUGGAGAACGUCAGCGCAACCAGACGAGCGAUCGAGGCCACCAAGGAAGGAAAGGACAUUGAAAAAGUCUUCAGCCAGCGCAGGAAAGAGAUGCGCCUCGCCGAGCAACCAAGGGCAAGUGCAAUGGAUCAGCCCGACGACUAUGAACACUCGGAUGCCAUUGCUCCGAAUGGCCAGACCAAGGGCCGCAAGGAGAUGCACCAUCAGUCAAUGCAGGGCAAUCGCCAACAAAGAGGAGGCAACGAGGCAGGACCUGCAGAGACGGGCGCAAUCGAUGCGAGUGGAGAAAGCGAAAACACAAGAGCUCACGCCGAGAAACAGAGUAUCGGUAGCGACACAGCGGUCGAGUCGUCGCAAAACAGCACGACUAGCAACAAGAUUGGAGGCAAAGGCAUUGAUCGUAUGAACAAGGCUACAGAGGAGAUGGAUGACGGAUGGGGUCCAAAUGCCGAUCGCCAGCACACUCCCAAGCAGGCCAUGGCAGGGUAA